AUGACUCUAUUAGCAAUUGUGGAUAUUGUAUCAGUUCUCUGCAGUUGCCUCAUCACCGGAUGGCUCGCAUACCAGGGUGCCGUAUACUGUACCUAUCCGAAUUUAAUCUACAUUGUUGGAAUGGCAGAAAUGGGUCUAUGGAGUGGUUCUUGCGUGAUUGCUGUAAUCCUGGUGACCAACAGAUUGUUAGACCUUAUUCUUCGCAACCUUGGUUCUUUUGUUUUUGGAGGAAACCCCAUCGCUCUAGGCGUAUUCAGUUAUUGUGGUGUCGAUAACCUGGUUUUUUGGGUGAUAUGUGAUUACAAACUGAAUAUUCCUAAAGGUUGUGUUACAUUAGACUGCAUUGGUAACAACUGUCAUUUGACCUACUUUUUAUCCUAUGAAAUGGCAAAUCGCCUAGCAUUAUUCGAUAUUUCGAUAAUUUUCGUUUUCGAUGUGAUUCCACCAAUAGUUCUAACAAAGUUCCCAACUGUGGGCUUUGAUGAUGUCGGACCCAUAUUUUCGUUCACUAAAAUGAGUGGAUACUCUUUGGAAGGGUAUUUGGUGAUCAUGUACGUUCUAAUUGGCACAUUAUCCAUCAUACUUUUCUUCCGACUAUUCAUCUGGAACAACUGUAAGAAGGGAGCCAAAAAUAAGGCUAUUUCAAGAGCAACCUGGAUCUCCCUACUCGAUUCUUUCAUUAUUUUUGCAUUCGAUUUCUUCCCAGUUUUUCUCACCGCCCAAUGGCCCGACAUUAACACGAAAACCGUCGGACCUCUAGGAUCGCUUUGCAAACAGCUGGGACUUGUGAUUGAAUCGUUCGUUGUGUGCAACGUGCUCCUCAACAAAAAAGUGGUGCCGACUACACGAAGUCAAACAUCACCAACCAACUUUCCAGUUGUUUAUUGA